AUGACGAAGGGUAAAGGGAAAGCGAAGGUAUCAAAGAAACAGACGAAGGUUACGCCUUUGGAACCCUCUUUGACAUCUGACCCACAAGCGGAUGAAGCUGUGACAAAACAGGGGCCGGACUCUGGAGGAGAAGAUUCAGACGAUCGGGACACAGAUGAUUACCUGCGCGAAUUGCGAAAGUUGGCGGCUGAAUUCCAGGAAUUCAAAGACCGGAAGAAGACCGGCAAACGAAAAUUUACGGUGGAAGAGAAAUCUAAGAGUUCGAGCGGAGACGAGGAUCAAUCAUCGCCGGAAUUUGAAGAACCAGACUCGUCAGGACCAGAUUACUUGCCGCCUUCGGCCAAGCAGUCGAGGACAUCGACGACGAUGACGACUCGCAAGAAGGCACGAAAGGAUGACGAUGACGAUGGAAACAAUCAGUGA